CGCUCGAACCGCGCGGGGGCUGCGCGCUGCGAGGCGCUGCCGCGAUGGGGCCGCGGCCGCUGCUGGUGCCGCUGGCGUGCCUGGCGCUGCUGCUGCCGCCGCCCCGCGCCGCCGAGUUCAGCCCCUCCCUGGACAGCGACUUCACCUUCACGCUGCCCGCCGGCCGCAAGGAGUGCUUCUACCAGCCCAUGCGCAAGGAGGCCUCGCUGGAGCUCGAGUACCAGGUUCUAGAUGGAGCAGGAUUAGAUGUUGAUUUUCAUCUACUCUCCCCAAAAGGUGAAACUCUAGUUUUUGAUGAAAGAAAAUCAGAUGGAGUUCAUACUGUGGAAACAGAAGAUGGGGAUUAUAUGUUCUGCUUUGACAACACAUUCAGUACCAUUUCUGAAAAGGUGAUUUUCUUUGAAUUGAUCCUGGACAAUAUGGGAGAAGAUGGUCAAGAUGAGGAAGACUGGAAGAAGUACGUUACAGGCACAGACCUCCUAGACAUGAAGCUGGAAGAUAUUCUGGAAUCCAUCAACAGUGUCAAAGCCAGAUUAAGCAAAAGUGUCCAGAUUCAGACCCUGCUCAGAGCAUUUGAGGCUCGUGACCGAAACAUACAAGAAAGCAACUUUGACAGAGUGAAUUUCUGGUCCAUGGUCAACUUGGGAGUAAUGGUGGUGGUAUCAGCUGUUCAGGUUUACAUGUUGAAAAGUCUCUUUGAAGAUAAGAGGAAAAGUAGAACUUAAUAUUCAUUAAUGUUCAUAUUAUGAUCAUAACAAUAUAACAGGUAUGGGGGAGACAGGGAGCAAUAAACUACAGUAAAGACAACAAAGACCUUUCAUAUUCUUUUGAACAGACAGUAAAAAUCAGGUUUUCAAUUUACAUUGGGCUUUUUGGAUGUGAUAGUGCUGGUCUUGUUUGUGUUUGGGGGUUUUCUGUUGUUUUUUGUGGUGGUUGGUUGGGGUUUUUUUUAAACAUGAACAUAAUGCCUCUUCCCAAGCUCUCCCAUUUUUCCAAAUGCUACUAUUUUUUGUACUUGUAGGAUUUGUUAAUGAUUGUUAAUUCCUAUCUUAUGCAUAGCACACUUGGUGCAUAUGCAAAGUAAUGUUCAUAUAACUGUCAUUAUCUUCAUUUUCACAUAAGUUUAAGUAGUAACUUAGACAUUGGUUUAGUUGCUGUUAAAUGCUGAGUGAAUUUACAUGUGCCUAAGUUUACAGGAUUGGUAGUUACUGUCAUUUUUCUUCAAAGUUACGUUUUUUAAAAUCCUUAGUUUUUGUUCUUUGGCAUCAUGGAGAAACACUGGGCUAACUAUGUAAGAACAUGAGAUCUCUUUUUAUAACAGAUGACUAAUAUCAGCACUUUAAAAAAAGCACCAUCAAUGUGAAAUUGAGGCAGUUUUGAAAAACAAUUGGAGAAAAUAGAUACAAUUCCUGUUCAUAAAUCCUUCUGUCCUGUAGUUGCAAAAUCCUGUUUUCCUUUUUGGCUGUAACAUAAGACAAGUGACUAUGUGGUAUACAGAGAAAUACAGGCACACUUUGAGGUAUGACUUGCAAAUUCUUAGUUACUGUAACAUCAUGUAAUAGAUAAUUAUUUAAAAAGUAAUUUCUCAUGUUUUUUUCCUUUUAAUAAAGGCAGGGGGUGUUCAUGGUAUGCCAGAACAAACAUUGAUUGUUGUAGUCUCAAAAUCCCUCUUAUUUUCCACUUUAUUACAACUAUGACUAAUGUUACAGUCAGAUGAUUUACAUAGGCAUAUAAAACCAAAGCUGUUCACCUAAACUUUCCCUUUUUGCUCACCCUUACAAGUCUUUCAGCUGUUUAAGUACAUUCUUCUUAUAAUCCAUGUUUCUGUACCUAGCUGUUCAUCUGAAUAAGGCACAAAUCAGAGGAGCAGUAAGUACAGGCCUCAAGUUUUAUGAUCAACUGAAUAUGUAGUAUCAUGGUCACCAAGACAAAGCUAAUACCAAAUCAAAAACGUCUAAUAUCUGGAUAAGUGGCUUUUAACAGUGUAGUGAGGGUAUAGAGUUGUGCCAAGACCCCUGGUGCAUGAGAAUUAACUUUUUAAAAGUAGUUUCAAGUCAGUAAUUUUUACAACGUGCCAAGUCAUUGGAAUUUCUUGUGUAAAUGUGUUAACUGCAUUUCAUCAUAAGAGUUUUUUAAAAACUUUAUUAAAAACACUUUUGUAAAAAGUGUUGUAAAAACAGUGUAUGUAGUAGUGUUGUGCCUGUUCUGGGGUCAUCUGUAUGAAUGGCAGAGUUGCAACUUUGAGACUUUCUGUGAUUAAAUAGUGUUUUAUGAAUAAAAACAGGGUCAAUAGGUGCAUUGAAGAAAUAUUGUUCAAAUGAAACAGAUGCUAGCAAGGGCUACAGAACAUAGAAACAGCACUUCAGCUUCAACUUCAGAGAAGAGGACCUAGCAAUAAUAUUUCUAAAUAGUUUUUAUAAGCAAAAUAAUUAUUAUUACAGAACAUGUUAUAGAGGGCUCCAAAGGCUGUUGAGCUACUUCAUCUUUCUGCAAAACUGUGUCCAAAAUAGGACUGUACCCCUUUAAGGUUUUGUGUAUCUUAAUUCCAUAUGAUGCUUUCUAUUCUAAACUGCCCGGAAGUAGAAAGCUUGUUUCUUGGAUAAGAACAAUAUCUAGGAAAAAUUAAUUAUUUCAGCUAGAGUAGCAAAUAAUAUUUUCGUGCCACUUCCCUGUCCCUCUCCCAGUAGCACUCUACCAUGUUAUCUUUGCUUGCAUCACCAUGUGUGAUGCUCCAAAACAUCUGCAAAAUGCUGAACCAGCUCUGGGAAGCUGUGACUAAGACAUCUACCUCUGCUCUCCAAGCUACUAGAGUCAAGAUUUCAGCUUACAACUCCCAUAAGCUCUGCCAAGUUUCCCAGGGGCACCUUAGGGGAUUGGGUUCCCCAGCUGCUCUGCUGUGCCUCUCUGUAGCUACAAACCAGUGGCAAAACCGUUUGGUGUCCGAGCUGAAGCUGCUGCUGGAUGCAGCCUGCUCUGAUCAGACUGCUGCAGUUCAGCGUCUCCCGUUACAAACAGCGAUCCCUGGGAGAAGGAAAAUGCAACAAUCGGCAGCAGAGUUCAUCUGGAAGAAAUUACUGUUCUGCAACUAAGAGCUCUGACUAUAUGCUCUUUGUUCAAGGUCCACUAUAGAAAAUGAAAGAGGGAAUAACUAGAAAAGUUCACUGACUUUGGCAGCUGGAAUAUGUUUAUGAUAGGUGAAGGAUUUGGCAUUCAAACUUUCAGUUAAGUAACACUGUACUUGGAUUUUGAAGAGUAGAUUGCUUUCGACGGUAUAAAAUUUACAAAGGAGAAUAUAAAUUACGUUUUUUUUCUUAAUGGACUUUUUCUUCAGAAAUAAAUGUUUUAAGACUUGCAGAUGUUGAAUAAUUAUGCAAAACUGAGAUUUUCAAUAAAUCAAGUUUAAACCUG